UGACAUUGACAAUUUCAUAAAAAGAAGAAAUUGAGUCCUCCGAAAUCUCCGAUCACAAAUAGUUUAGUUCAAAGAUUACCUAUACAAUAAUUAAUGGGUUGAUAAAACAAAAGUACAUAGGAUUCAGACAGUUUUGAAAUCGUGUGAGCUAGAAUUGUAUUUCUUUUAGAACAACAAGUGUUACAAUUCAUCGCCGUUAUAUCUAACCUAAUUUCACAAUGGUUACUCUUUUAGAAUCAAGUGAUCGUUUUUUAAAUUACAUAAAGUCACCAUCUUUGACAAUAGUUCAUUUCUCUGCUGAUUGGGCAGAGCAAUGUGGCCAAGUAACAGAGGUUUUGAAAGAACUACAGAACCUUCCAGAAAUAAAAUCUAGUGGUAGUCAGUUUGCUGUGUGUGAUGCAGAAAAGUUAUCUGAAAUUUCAUUGCAAUACAAGGUAGAUUCUGUUCCCACGGUAAUUUUAUUUAAGAAUAAUGUACAGGUAGACAGGGUUGAUGGGGCUGAUGCAGCUCAAAUCACUGCUAAAGUUAAGAAUCACAGUCUUGGAAAAGGAGUUGUGAUGGGAGCCACACAACCUACCUUAAAACUAGAAGAUAGAUUGAAAGCCCUUAUCAAUAAACACAAGGUGAUGGUGUUUAUGAAGGGCAAUAGAGAUGCCCCUAGAUGCGGAUUCAGUAGGACCCUUAUACAAAUUUUGAAUGGAAUUGGAGUAUCCUAUGAUACAUUUGAUAUAUUAACUGAUGAAGAAGUUCGUCAAGGCCUGAAGGAAUACUCAGACUGGCCUACAUACCCUCAACUCUAUGUCAAAGGAGAGUUGAUUGGUGGAUUAGAUAUAAUCAAGGAACUGCAAGCCAAUGGUGAAUUAGAGGCAACCCUUGCUGGUUAACUAUGUAGUGGGUUUUUUUUAUUUAUUUCAAUAAAAGUUUUGGGGCAUA